AUGUGUAGGCCUAUAGAUUUCCUUGGCAUGGAUCAUGACCGCCUGGCCAUCAUGUGUGUGUUUGGAGCUGCUGCUGGAUCCAUCGUGCUUUUGAUCUCUCGAAACAUUUCAGGAUAUAGCAAUGCUUGGGGAAAAGGUAGGAAUGAGUUUUCAUUCAUGCCCAACAAUUAGCAGGUAAUUGACCAUUUGUGUAAUAGACGAAAUUUUGAUCUAAACAAGUCUAGACAAAAAUUUCAUCACAGCUUGAAAAAGCAUCACAAAAUUAGUAAUAUUCCAAAGUUUCGUUGCAAAAUGUUGUAAAAUGCGGAUAAUAUAGCCUUGCGAAGGUUGCAAUUUUCAGUCAUUUUAGAUUACAAACGGGAAACUGACAGCCUCAAAGCGUAUCGGGCUGUCAGUUUCCCGUUUGUAAUCUAAAAUGACUGAAAAUUGCAAACUUCACAAGGCUAUAUUAUCCACAUUUUACAACAUCUCGCAACGAAACUUUGGAAUAUUAUUAAUUUUGUGAUGCUCUUUCAAGCUGUGAUGAAAUUUUUGUCUAGAUCAAAAUUUAGUCUAUUACGCAAAUGGUCAAUUGCUACCACAUUUGGGCCGAAAAUAAGCAAUUUCCGCACGCAGUAAAAAAGUAUACAAAAUUUGCGAACUUUGCAAGGUUCUAUUUUCCGCAUUUUACAACAUUUCGCGACCAAACUUUGCACUUUUACUCAUUUUAGUAUGCUCUUCCUAGCUGUGAUGAUUUAUUUGCAUCUCCUUGCCUAGUUUUAAAAUUAGUCUAUAAUGGGAAUUGUCUAUUAACGGAUCCGUUGCCGUUGGAGAAACGUUAUCCAUGCAAGCAAUCUUACUGAAAUAUGUGUUCCUUCCAAGCAAGAAAAUUCCGGAUUUAGCGGAAAACUGUACAAGAUCGUACAGCGGUACAAGCUUCAGUAUGCACAUGUUGGCGUGCUCUCUAUGGGAUGGGAAAUUACGUAGUCACUCGCUGGGCCUGGGACUGGAUGUCAAAGUUCAAAAUUAACCAAGCUAACUAGGAUGCCAAAUCAAAAACAGGAAAAACAACUUGGUUUUUGAAGUUCUUGAAAGUCAAGUCAACAGACGGAAGGUUGACUAUACCUAAGACUCAAAACAACUGCUUGGAAACCCAGUCAGCGAGAAUGAAAUGUGUUAGAACUUAAAAAUGUUAGCAUUAAUACAAUAAUAGACGUUUCUGUUUUGGAAAUAUUGAAUUAAAGUAAACCAAAAUUUAAAUAAAUAAAAUCACAAAAUUUAAUAGACCUUCCCCCUUAUGAGUGAAAUUUUGAUCUAGACCAGUCUGGACAAAAAUGACAAACGGGAAAUUGACAGCCCCAAAGGGUAUUGGUCUGUCAAUUUCUCGCGUGUAAUACAAAAUGACUGAAAAACGGCAAACUUCGCAAGGCUAUAUUAUCCGCAUUUUACAACAUUUCGCAACGAAACUUCGGAAUAUUACUAACUUUGUGAUGCUUGUUCAAGCUGUGAUGAAAUUUUUGUCCAGGCUUGUCUAGAUCAAAAUUUCACUCAUUCAUAGAAAGGUCUAUUCAAAGAUUGUCUCGUAUAAACUCUUGUUGUUUAGUAUUCUAAACUCAGUUUAUCAGCGUUCUCUCGACCAUAGAAGUUUCAGAUGAUUUUACAAAACUUUUAAAAAAAUACUUCGGAAUAUUUUUGUCAAACGUUUUGUGAAAUCAUGUAAAUUAUUGGCACGGACGGUCCCGGCCUGGUGUUUACUGAAUACUGUUUAUUAGAACCCGCGCGCUACCGAAGACUUGACUAUAGCCUAUUACAUUAGAAUUAAGGAAACAUUCAAUUAUACACACUCUUGCCUGACAUUUCUCAUGCUAUCUUUCCAUGUAUGAAAGUUAACUCUCAUCUGCAAUCUCGCAUCAUGCAAUUUUUAUUUUCGUUUGGCCAUGCAUGUACGCUUUAUUAAAACAUUCUAAUUUAAUUAUCUUAUAGCACUCCUUCUCUUUGGAACCUGCAUUGAAUAUGCUUUCCUUUAUUAUCCCUACUUUGGAUGUUUGGCAUCAUAUCACAGAAUAAUUGGAGCAUUGAUGGGACUUCCUUAUGCAGUAAUUUUGUAAGUAUAGGGCGAAUUCACGAUCGUAAGGAAGCGACGUUUUAGAUUCACAAACGCCAACCGGAGGUAAAUCGCAACGUUAUAGAUGGCGACAGCCGUUUUUAUUUGAAAUCAUGAACGUGAAACUGCAUUGAUUGCCGUCACAAAAUAUAUUGACCAUGCAGAGAGCCGACGUCUUGGCCUCGCCUGUGAUUUUCGCGCAACCGUUGCAAUGCUGUCGCUAUUCUCCUAGUUACGGCGCUUUUGAGAGGCAUUCACCCCCCUGAAAGUAUAGGAAAUGGCGGUCGUUCAGGGGGGUGGGCGCUUAUAGGCGCACUUACUAGAAACAUGGCGAGUGCAUUUUGAUGACGAAUCAUGGUGUGAUUAUUUUACUUUUUUAUUGUAGCUUUGUUCUGUUAAUGACCACAGGUUUGCAAAAGUGUAAUGUAAGUUAUGAACGUAAAUUCCAUUUUAUUGUAGCUACCUGCGCAUGCAGAUAAUGUGUAGGAUUCGAGUAACGAUGUCAUCAUGAUGUGGUUUGGAGACCCCCCGUGUUAGAUUUAUGAUACGUUGCAGAAAAGCUCGACCUGGGGCAAUACUUUGCAUGCAAAAUUUAAUGUUCCAAUUUAUUAAUAUUUUUGUUAACGUUUAGAAAUGAUAAACGUGAAACGAUUAAUUUUUUAAAAACUCUUUAAAUCAGUCUUUACAGCUCGCAAUCCAAGUAAGAAUGAUAGGCAGAUAAAGCUAACUCGGAUAUCUACCCAUGUUUAACUAUAGUUUCAUUGUUAUAGUUAUGAAUAGGUCAAACAUAGUGGUUUCGACGAUAAUUAAUAAACCAUACUGACUUCCGAUCUCUACGGGUUUGGCAAGCAAAUAAUGAAAGUCUGUGAUAGAUCGAGUCUUCCUUUGUUAAGACAAUAGUAGCUUUCGGGUUGGCUUAACAUGCAUAGACAUUUUAAAUCUAUAAUUUUUAGGUCUAGUGCGCAAUGAGUAUCGUCCAUUAACAAUAAUUUGUAAUUUUCCAUUUAAAAGUUGAAAAUUUUCAACCUCAAAAGUUUUUUUCGACUGAAAAUUUGUGUCGGUUAAUCAUUUUUUUCAAAACUUUCUUACUGCGGAACAUUUUCCUGUGUGGAAAUGGGCCUUAAGAAUCUUGAAUUUUCGCACCCUGAUAUACUACUGUUUUAGGCUGGUUGUAUAAAAACGUAGUAAAGUCAAUUAUAGUUACAAAAUUCCCUCCUGUUAGACAUGAAUCUAUGUCCAGGAUAAAGGUUGAUUAACGACCGCUGACGAACAUUUUGAACAUGAUUAUGGACUCGUUACUAGUUACGCCCAAAUGCAAACCAGGCUUUAGUCCACCCUCUUAACUCUUGGUGUAUUUCAAUCAUUAGGGUUAUACGACGACGCAUGAAUAUGCUAGAAUAAUAUUAUCUAAUAUACCAGUGAUAUUAUGUCAUCUGUUUAUUCUGUGGAAGUUUACACUCGUACUUUAUAAGGAAAUCAAAGAGUACGGAACAUGCGGAAUACAAUGCUUAUUUCGCAAGGUAAGUUCUGGCUCCCCACGACCGCAAAUCCUCACCUGCAUAUUCAUGCAUAGACCUUUAUUACAUUUUGAGUAAAUUUCAAUUUGAUGUUAGCAUGCACGCUAUAAGUACCAGAAAUAAAGAGAGCGGGUCAGUAUAUUAGGAAGUAUAGAAAGUUUGAUGGCUAUAUUUUAAAGAUUGUGGCACUAGCGUCGUUUAAAAAAAAAAAAAAAUAGAGAAUGUAUGGGAAUUUUGCUUCAAGCAUGCGCUUGUCCGUCAAGCCUCCACCACCCACAAAUUACGAUAUAUUUUCUAAUAAAAUUUGUUUUUAUACACAGGGCCACAGUUUUCAAAAUGAAAUUCGCUCUUUUCAUUUCUGGCAUUAUAGAAUGCUAACAUCAAAUUCUAUAAAUCGAAUGAAAAGGCGUGGUAAAGGUCGAUUGCAUGGCAUCAUGAAUUUUUGCUUUGACGUAUUUAAAAUGUAUUGGCCAUUUGGGCCUCAAAUUGUAAGUUUCUUUGGUCUCGUAAUAAUGGAUUUUUUUUUUCUUUAAAUGUAACCGACAUUGUUAACCCAGUAAGUUGAAUUCAUUCAUUCACGAAAGUCUUUAAGAUUUGAGCAAUAAAAUAAUUAUCACUUAUUUACUGCAUGAGACCGAAGGAAACAGCGUGUUUUGUGGCCCCUCGACCGCCGUUGUUACCCGAAGCUGAGGGCAACACCGGCGGUCAAAACACGCUGUUUUCCCGAGGUCUUAGUAAAUAAGUGUUUUAUUAUACAGCUGAUUCAAUUAAGGUUGUCUUUCCAAAACCUUAAACUCUGAGCGCGCAAGGGAUGAUGGGUUUCCACCUAUUAGGCCCUUAAACUCAGAAAACUGCCUAGUCCACUCGUCAGCUUCGGAAUGGCUAAUUGAAUUAGCUGCAUAGCAAGUAUCAAAGUUUCAAAAAUUCACUUGGUAUUCCGAAACUGUAAUGAACCGUCCGGCAGACAUUGAAAGAAGUUUGCUUUGAACUUGCUGGUUGACGCGAGCAGCUCGCGCCUCACUUUCGGUUUUAUUAUUGACCGGUCAAUGAUUGUUGACCGAUUGCCCCCUCGCCAAAGCAUGGAGGGAGCAUGACGUUUUGUGGACCGGCACGUGAACGGUUUUGUGCAAUCGGCAAACUGGAAAUUGAACUUUGACACUUGCUAUAUAAUAAUUCAAAAAUUUCAUUCAAAUCUUAUUUGCUCGUCUGUGCAGUCACCUUUGUACACAGACGAGCAAAUAAGAUUUGAAUGAAAUUUUUGAAUCUGGACGUAGCCAAGGUCUAUAUAAUAAUAUCACUUGAAAGGUAGGCCUACUAAAAGUGACUAUAUGUGCCUGUAAUGACCAUAUCUAGGAUGAACAGUCAGAAGUGCAAGUGAAGUUGGUCAAACCUUGGUUGAAGGAUUACGUUAAGGACCUCAUUAAUAAACCAAAGUAAGGAUGAUAGAAAGAGAGUGGAUAAAAAGAGAGAUAAAUUUGAACAGUCUGUGCCAGUGUAAGGUGGUGCCAAUAAUUUGAAAGCUUUGGAUUGCUAUAGGGAUACAAUUACCUGAAAAAUACAAGGAGAACUGAAAAUGCAAGAAGUUUCCUGGAUAAAAAGAGUAGCGUUCAGCACUGAUCUAGGUGGAUUGAGGAUGCUGCAUGUUGAAUUCAAUAAGUAAAUUUUGAAGCCAGAAUAUUUUUAAUAAGGAGACAUUUUUAAAUCUAGGACCCUUCACAAAUCGAAUCGUUGCGCGUUGAAGUUAUACUUGCUAUAUAAAACAAAUGUUGCUUGCCAUUUGAAAGACACAACUUGUCUAUUCUGACAACAUGUCUAUUUUUUACUAACAAGGAUAUACCAUUCAGUUGUCACACAUGUCCUUUAUCACUUCUGCAUGUGAAAUUAGUUUGAUAGCUGCUCCUGACAAAUUGGAAAGUGAUCAAGAUGGUGACUCUGAGUGAUUUACAUAUUGGAUUGACAUAUGAUUGUUGACGUUGCUUUUUAGUCCUCAAUAUAUGAGUGAGUCAUGCUUUGGAAAUGACAGGAUUUUGUUUAUUACCGCAACCCAGGAGUUGUUUUGUUUUUCAUUACCCAACCUUUUACUCACUCAAAAUAUUGUUUACCCAACCCUUUUCUCUUUGGUGCCAACCCCCCUCCCACAGCACACCGAUAGAGUUUUAGGGGUCACUUGGUUAAUAUAUACUGUAGCUACAUUAGCCGAAUUCAUAUUAGGGACGGGAAACUCGUCUGUCAAAACCCGUCUGAAUAUGAAUUUAGGGACGGAUAAAUUCGAAUUUAAGACGAGUUUCCCGUCUAGAUGGGAUUCCCGUCCAACUUUCCCGUCUGUUUGGACGGGUAAGUUAGACGGGAAAGUUCAGACGGGAAACUCGUCUGCCCUCGGAUUCAUAUUAGACGAGUUUCCCGUGUAAGACGAGUUUCCCGUCUCUAAUAUGAAUUCGGCUAGUAUCCAAUACUAGUUUUCAGAAAACCAAAUAGUACGAAUCAAACAUUUCGCUUCAUUUGUAGACCUCCCCGCCAUCAUUCAAGAUUGGAUUUCUUCUUAAGGAAAAUUUACAAUCCCGAGAAAAGUAAGUGUUGCGGACCGAGCCCGUACGUAGAGCGAGGGUGAAAGGCACGUGCAAUAACCAAUAUGCCAUCAAACUAUAACUGUCUUCAUUAGACUGGUUAUUUAAGUUUUUUUAACUCUAUUCAGUUCAAAAGGAUGACAACCAAGUUCAAUGUUUUCCCUUUUUUGUAUAGAUUUUAAGUUCUCAACACAAACUCUUUCCGUGGUCAUGAUCUGCUCUAUUAUACUUUACGAUGUGAGUCAUACAAUAUUUAAAUCGAUUUUUUUUAAUUUAUAGAAUAAAAUAUAUCCAUAUGGCAUGCAUAUAUAUAGACAAACGAACUAAUAAAUUUACGAGGAAAUCAUCUAAAACUCAAGUGAACUGAUUUCAAAAAUUCGGAACGAGAAAUUCGCCACAUAAACCUUUUACUUAACUUGUAUGUUGUCCAUAUAUAAACUUGCCAUCCCGCCUAUAUAUAGGGCAAGUUUUCCCGCCUAGCUGCGAUGUUUGUUAGCUAGCUAGCGCCCUAUAUAAUGUAUAAUCAUGCCGAUCAGGUUUAUGUUUCCUUGUAGAUCUCGUUAUCAUUCGUGUAUCUGGGAAGUCUAUUGCUGGACAAACUUAAUAACCGUCCUCCCGACAAUGCUUUACCAAAAGCUUUAGUCAAAAUUCUACGUGAUAUGGUUGGUUAGUUUAUACUUCAUAUUUUAUUACAUUUUCUUUAAAGAACCAAGAACAUAAGCAACAAAAUUUAUGUUUAUCUAGUUCAUAUGCAUGCAAAAUUUUGUUUCUUUAUAUAGUUGAAAACAACUUUUAAAACUGCAGUAUAUCGAUUUUGCAGCUUUUUCAACUUUUCGUUUCCAUGCAAGAACGUCGCGGCUUCGUAUCUCCGUUUGAGUUUCUCAAAAUGUCCUCUGCUCAUUAUAAUAAAGUAAACAUGUUCAGCAUUACCGAUACGAAGUCUGUCGCUCCUUCGAAAGCAAAAAACAUUUUAAAUCGUUCAUAAGUCAUUUUACACUUGCAAGUUUUCAACUUAUAAGAAUUAAUGAUACCAAUGAAAGAUCUAAGCUUCCUGGAAACAAGAAUAUAAUAUUUUGAUUUUAAGGCGCCAUCUUGGAUUUUUAGCGUUUCAACGCGAAAACGCUUGUCCGAAAACCUUUUUUAGCAUUGAAAACGUUUGAAAGACGUCGUUUUCUACCGUUUUCGUGUGGACACGGCCUGAAAACGACACUUUUUGAAAUAUAUACGUAUAUACGGCCUGGUGUAUAUAUAUAUAACAGCACGAGAUUUGAUUCUCGGAUUUACUUUUAGAAAAUUAUUUUUGAGUAUGCGUUUUUUGUGUACAUCUAUGCAGGGUGUAUAAAAGAAAAGGUUAAUAGUCCGUGUGUUGUGACCUCGAAAAGUGCCUAGAAAACGAUUUUCAUUUAGCAUGUCUUGGAUCUGAACACUUUCGAACACGCUGAGUUUAAAUCCGAAACGUUCCCGCUCCGUAGACCCGCAGUUUUCUCACAAACUGCAAUUUUAUCUUUACUAAUUUCACAGCAAAUUUUUUCAUUGUUCAACGACACGGAUCGAUGACGAUACACGAUAAUUCACACAAAAGGAUCAAUUUCUAUUAACCAGUCUUCCUUUUAACAAAAGACCGGUUUUGCUUCAAUCAUUUUGAGUUAUGUAAUAUUAUGCGUGUUGGACGUAAACAGCAUAUCUUGUCUACAACUUUGAGCAGGUACAGAUAACGCUUUUUAUAAAAUCCUCAGUUUUAGCGAUAUCUCUAUAAAAUCGCAAUGAAGUUAAUGCGAAGUCUUUUGGCUAUAUCACUGGCCUGAGAAAUAACUCUUUUAACGCGGUUAAGGUAUUUAAAACAAAAGUAACGCGAAGCCUGUGAAAUAUUGUCGAUCGGUUGCUGGUAAAAGACUUUACGACAGGAUCAAUCUUACAUAACCUUAAACUAGAAGAAUAAAUGUUCACAUCAAAGACAAAGAUCAGUCCCAAAGUAUAACAUCUGAUCUGUAAACUUACGACGAAGUGGAGAAAUGUGUGCAUGAGCUGUUUAUUUGGUGAUUUCAGCGUAUAUGGAAGCCCUCUUUCGAAAAGGUUUGCAAAGGAGGGGUCGGAAAGUGGCUCUCAAAGCCUGCCCCCCCCAACUUUUCUAAGCUUCCUACGCCCCUGACUAACAAGCUAUCAUGCAUUGUAAAUAAUGAAAAGCUGCAUGGCCGAGCAUUAUAGCCAAUGUCCGAGCGACUGCACACUUUAGCAGACAUUUGUCAGACCAAGCAAAAUUGUUAUAAUCUACCGACACUGGUUGUUAUGAAUGCCUUCACAAAACGCAACAUAUAUUACUCAAUGUUGCCCAGGCGGGCUUAUAGAUUUUAUAACGUUUUCUCGUUUAGGUUUGUUGGUCGCUGCUGCUAUUUUUGCUGCCAUAUUUUGUGUUAUCUCUCUUAUACGUUUCCUGGAAAACCAUAAGUAUGUUUAAAUGCCCGCACAAGCCAACAUGUUUUCCUUGACAACUUUUCCUUGACAAGUUUUUGUGAAAUUUCCCUGACAUAAUCUUCGUACUCAUAUACCCAGGCCUUUUUGUUCCUUGGAAAGGCAUCCUUGUUUUCAGGGCUUUUCAAUAGGGCGAUUGUUAAAGGGGCAUUAAGAGAUGGAAACUUUGCAAAAUAUUGGGGAUUUUGGGAUGGGUUUGGAUGAUGCAAAUCCUAUAGUUGCGCUUUAAAUGUUUCUGUUUUGAAUUUCAUGCAUAGUUGAUUAUGAAUAUUUCUGUGUUAUAAACACCUGGGGCCACUUUUAACCUGUGGUUCCACACAAUUGUAAGCUUUCUUUUUAUAUUUUAUCUAUAGGAACAACAUGCUCAGGAUGUUCAAAGGAGAUAAAUCUUUUAUUCCUCCGACGAUUAGUGUGUCACAGUUCAUGAUUGUAAGUUAAAAGAAAAGGAAAAAUUGUCAAUUUUUUGCCGAACACGCGUUAUAGGCGCAUCUGCAUGGUUAUUGCGAAAUAUCAAGGCUAUUAAUAUAUUGAGCUCUGAAUGGACGAGCAUGUUUUUACUGUUUAAAAACAAGCAUAAACAGCUAGCUUUCACACAAAGAAACUUGUUAUGGAAAGUUUUCUGUCGUAUACGUAAGUAAAUAAAACAUGGCCGUAACCAGUUCAAAGUAAUCCACUUUCGUGAAAACUGACUUGAAUAUUUAACUGUUUUGUUAUAUGCAUGCACAAGGUCUGAAUUUACAGACUUUGCUUUUCGGAUAUUUUCAGUAUUUUUCUAUUUUUGUUUAUGUUUUUAUCUUCGCUCUUUCGGCCGAUUAUGUUUUCAAAAAGUAUAUGUUUUUGACCAUUUUAAAUUUUAAAAAUUCAUUUGCUAACCUGUAAACAAUUUGUGUGAGUUUUUCAUUGUGUUUUUAAUCUUGUAAAGGCUAUAAAAAGCGAACAACUUGCCGUUUUCUCGGAAAUUCAGUUUGAGCCGCCAUUUUGUUUUUCUCUACUAGCAGGAUAUGAGCUAAUAUUUUGCCAGUAGAGAACCAAUCACUAAUCAGAUUGCAGAGUACCUCAUAACCUACCUCCUCCGCAGGCCUUUCAAAAAGAUAAAAUUGGUUGGAAAAUCGUCUCAAAUUUCAACCUGCGAACGGGCAUCCUCAUUACGAGCUGUAUGGCCUGCGGAGGAGGUAGCCUCAUAACCAGACCUUGUGUAUAUAAUCAAGUAAUAAUGUUUGUUUUCCUAGGGGAAAGGACUAAGAUACCAUAGUUUUCAGAUUGGCUACUUUUUGUGGGGUAGGUGUUCCUUGAUUAUAUGCCACUUAUAUCCCAAAUAUGAUUCUUGUUUAGUAUGAAUAAUAUGUAGUAAAAAACCCUGUCAAAAUUGCCGGAUAUGAUGUGAAAUGAGUGAAUUUUGGGAGGCAAAAUAAAAGAAAAAAUAUUUUACAUUUUAUAUAUAAUGACAUCAUAUCUGGUUUGACAAUGAAAAAGUUUACCAAGAUCAGCUUUUUACAUAUACCAAAAGUCAUAUAUUUACGCGAGUGAGAUCAAUGGGAGGUCCACCUCACCCAAAGUCACGAACUCGUGAUUAUUGAUGGACUUUUUACUCUCCUAGACUUCCUCAGCUCAUCGUUCUUCAUUAACCUGGGGCCGAGCGGAAUCAGGGAUCUAUCAAAAGAACAGGCAGGGGAGGAUAGGAUUAACAUGACAUCAACUGAAAUGUAUGCAUUUGGUGCCCAACCCUCCGUCAUUUUAGGUGUAGCGAGAUUUUAACACCUUUGUUCUAUCUUUUCAGGUUACAUGUUGCUCUUGUUCCUGUUUUGGGUCAUCUUCAUGGUUUUUUACAGUUUGUCGUUUCGCAUCGUUUCCUGAUUGGGUUGUGGGUUGGUUAG